AUGGCUGAGGAAAUAGUAACGAGUGCUGCCGCGGAACUUGCAUCAAAAGCUACAGAGUCGGCAUAUGAUUUGCUUAAACUGCAGAUAUCAUAUGUGUUCAAGUCCCAGAGCUACAUCAACAACCUCAAGGAUCAAGUUGAGGAGCUCAGAAUGAAAAAAGAAAGAGUGGAGAAAUCUGCAGAGUCCGCUGAAAGACAGGGGGAAGAGAUUCAUAACGAUGUUAAGAAUUGGCUGAGCGCUGUAGAUGAUUUCACUGAAAGGGAAGCAAAAGCCAUCAUUGAGGAUGGAGAUAAAGCAAACAAGGGCAGCUGUUUAAAACUGAAGUCCUGUCCUAAUUUGAUUCAACGUUACAAGCUUGGAAAAGAAGCUGUGAAAGCGGCAGUGACUGGGGCCAAUCUGUUGGGGAAAGGCAACUUCAGUAGUGUUUCCUACCGUCCUGCUCUACAGAGGACAGAAUCCAUGUAUGUCAGAGGCUACGAGGCCUUCGAUUCUAGAGUGCAAGUUUUUCAAGAAAUUAUGGACACAUUGAAGGAUGGUACUGUUUACAUAAUUGGGGUGUAUGGAAUGGGAGGUGUGGGCAAAACUACACUGGUCAAAAAAAUAGCUUGGCAGGUGAAGGAAGACAAGUUAUUUCAUGAGGUGGCCAUUGCUGAGGUAACACCAACCCCAGACAACAAAAAAAUUCAAGAAAAAAUUGCUUUUGAUUUAGGCUUGGAAUUUAGGCAGGAGAAUGAAUUUGAGAGAGCUGGUCUACUGCGCAAGAGGAUAGAGAAGGAGAAGAAUUUACUUGUUAUAUUGGAUAAUAUUUGGACAAAACUUGACUUGGAUACAAUUGGAAUUCCUUUCGAGGAUGCUAAGACAGAAAGAAAAGAUGGUAAGAUCAGACCAUGCACAAUAUUGUUAACUUCUAGAAAGCGGGAUGUAUUAAGCAAAGAUAUGAAGACUCAGGAGAACAUCCUUGUUGAUACUUUAUCUUACGAAGACACGUGGAAUUUGUUUCGAAAGAUUGUGGGUGAUUCUGCAGAAAGCUCUGAAUUUCAUCCUCUAGCAGUUGAGUUUGUUACAAGAUGUUCAGGUUUACCGGUUGCAAUCUCAACAAUUGCAAAUACAUUGAAAAAUGAGAGUCUUCACGUUUGGAUGGACGCCUUGGCUCAACUUAAAAGGUCUAAUCCAAGACACAUUCCAGAUAUGGAAGAAAGUGUGUAUUCUACUAUUGAGCUGAGUUACAAAUUUCUGAAAGAUGAAGAAGCUAAAUCAUUAUUUCUGCUUUGUGCUCUCUACGAUGCUGGUAAUACCAUGUUUGUUGAUGACCUAUUAAAAUAUAGUUUGGGUUGGAAUUUGUUUGGAGAUGUUUAUACAUUGGAAGAAGGAAGGAAUAGAUUACGCAGGCUGAUAGAUUAUCUCAAAGCUUCUUCAUUACUGUCGGAUGGUGAUGAUGCCAAUGAAGUUAAAAUGCAUGACAUCAUUCAUGAUGUUGCUGUAUCAAUUGCGUCAACAGAAAAGUGCAUGUUUAAUAUUCAAAAUGCCACCGCCUCAAAAGGAAUAUUUCUCAAAGAAUUUGUGCAGUUAGAAAAAUUAUGUGGUUUUUAUAAUGCCUGUGUGGAUGUAACCUUGUCAAAAGCAAUUCAGGCAGUUGAGAGUGUUCAACCUGAAGAGAUUGAGAAGGUGGUUAAAAGUAUAGAAAAGUCUUAUUUCAGACUCUUGAAGAAGAGGCAAAAGGAACAUGACAGGACUGAUAAUAUUUCUGGUAGAAUGGAGAAAGCUAUAAUUCCCCAUGUUAUAAGGGAUGUUCUGAAAACACUCAAAACAGCACUAACACUGGCAGGUUUAUGGAAUAAACAGACCGAAUCUGAAAGUUUCAGUGAAGAAGAUGAAUUAAAAAUGCGUGAAAACUUUCAGUCUGGCAAAAUUAUGGCAAGAUCAACAUUACUGAGGAAACUAGAGUCACUUAAAAAUGUCAAUCAUUGUGCCUUUGUUGAACUCAUUCUUGAAGGUUUGCUUCUGGAUCCUUUGGCUGUUCUCUUAUUAAACUCAGAAGAUGUUCCUAAUUGUGAGCAUAGAUAUGAAUUGAAUCGACACUUGGUUGAUGAAGUAAUGAAAAUGGUUGAAGAGACGGAAGCGGAGAGGAAGACAAAGAGUGAAGAAGCUCAACAAGAAGACCUCAAGAUGUGA